AUUUUUUUUGUUAUUUACGUGCGUGUGUGCCCCAAGUGUAGCGCUUAUACCAAUAGCAAGGGAACACCGUUGCUGGCAUUCUGCUGUUUGUCAGAGACGGACACUCGCGCUUCUCAAUCCCGUUCUCCCCUUCACGUCUGUGAGCUUUCCAAUUCACCGGGCCUAGGGUUUUCCGAUCGGAGUAACUCGCUUCCUGUCCAAUUAAUAAUUGGAGCGAAUCCACGAUGCAAGCGACGAUCGCUUCCAGGUGCCUCAGGGCACGCGACUUGCUGUUGCGCGGGGCGGAUGCGAUCAGUCGCAGUUCUAGUCACCGAGCCUUCGUCCACCUUCCGCGGACGGCCGCGGCCAGGCGCUCUCUCGGCCCCGGCAUCGGCAUCGCCGGCGGUGGGCACUAUCGCCGGCGCAACCCGUGGGAUGCUUCCAGAACCACCCCGCAUUUCUUCAAACACCUCAACGGCUUCUUGUCGGACUCCCCUCCCAGAUCUUCUAUACAACCUGGAUCGAUUAUUAAUGAUUUUGCGCUGUUCUCGACAUCAGCUGACGAGAGUGAUGUACAGCGUAAGGAGGAUUCGAAACGAGCGGAGAAGACUAGUGUUGUAAAAGCGGGGGUUUCAGGAGAGCAAGUCGCGGACAUGACGAUUCUUCGCACUCUUGCCAAGUACUUGUGGUUGAAAGAUAACCUUGAGUUUCGUGUGCGGGUGCUUACAGCCGUGGGUUUCUUGGUUGGAGCCAAGGUUCUGAAUGUUCAGGUGCCUUUCCUAUUCAAGCUUGCUGUUGAUUGGUUAACAACAGCAACUGGCAAUGCUAGUGCCCUUGCUUCGUUUACUACUGCUAAUUCGACCGUUUUAGCUCUUUUUGUCAGUCCUGCAGCUGUUUUGGUAGGAUACGGGAUAGCAAGGGCUGGGGCCGCUGCAUUUAAUGAGUUGCGAACUGCUGUGUUUUCUAAAGUAGCGUUACGAACAAUCCGAACAGUGUCUAGAAAGGUGUUCUCACAUUUGCAUGAGCUUGACCUUCAGUUCCACCUCAGCCGAGAAACAGGUGGCUUAAAUCGGAUUAUUGAUCGUGGUAGCCGUGGAAUAAACUUUAUUCUAUCAGCCACGGUGUUCAAUGUUGUACCUACUAUCUUGGAGAUAUCUAUGGUUGCAGGUAUACUGGCAUAUAAAUUUGGAGCUUCAUUUGCGUGGAUCACAUCCUUAUCAGUUGUUGCAUAUGCCUUGUUCACAUUGAUUGUAACACAGUGGAGAACUAAGUUUAGGAAGAUCAUGAACAAAGCUGAUAAUGAUGCAAGUACAAAGGCAGUAGACUCACUUAUCAAUUAUGAGACUGUUAAAUAUUUCAACAAUGAAGCUUAUGAAGCUGACAAGUAUGAUGAGUUCUUAAAGAGGUAUGAAGAUGCUGCGUUGAAAACACAAUAUAGUCUUGCUUAUUUGAACUUUGGCCAAAAUGCAAUAUUUAGCACAGCUCUGUCUGCAGCUAUGGUGUUAUCUUCCAAUGGGAUUAUGAAUGGCCAGAUGACAGUUGGUGAUUUGGUUAUGGUAAAUGGCCUCCUUUUCCAGUUGUCACUUCCUCUCAAUUUCCUUGGCAGUGUGUAUCGUGAGACUGUACAAAGUCUUGUUGAUAUGAAAUCCAUGUUUCAGUUACUGGAGGAAAGGGCAGAAAUUAAAGAUGAAGCUGAUGCAAAGCCGCUGGAGUUAAAUGGGGGUAGCAUUCAAUUUGACAAUGUUCACUUCAGUUAUCUGGCAGAAAGAAAGAUUCUUGAUGGGAUUUCUUUCGUUGUGCCAGCUGGAAAUAGUGUUGCUAUUGUGGGAACCAGCGGAAGUGGCAAGUCAACCAUUCUUAGAUUGCUCUUCAGGUUUUUUGACAUGCAUUCUGGAAGUAUAAGGAUUGAUGGGCAAGAUAUAAGGAAGGUAACCCUUGAGAGUCUUCGGAAGUCUAUUGCCGUUGUGCCACAGGACACAGUGCUUUUCAAUGAUACAAUAUUUCACAACAUCCAUUAUGGUCACCUUUCUGCAACAGCAGAGGAGGUGUAUGAUGCUGCUCGACGGGCGGCAAUUCAUGACACCAUCAUGAAAUUCCCAGAAAAAUAUUCUACUGUAGUAGGGGAACGGGGUCUGAAGUUAAGUGGUGGUGAGAAGCAGCGUGUUGCACUUGCUCGUGCAUUCCUGAAAGCACCUGCUAUUCUCCUUUGUGAUGAAGCUACUAGCGCACUUGAUAGCACAACAGAAGCAGAAAUAUUAAGUGCGUUAAAGUCCCUAGCUAGCAAUCGAACUUCAGUCUUCAUAGCUCACAGGCUUACAACAGCAAUGCAGUGUGAUGAGAUUGUUGUUCUGGAAAAUGGGAAGGUGGUGGAACAAGGACCCCAUGAGGUUCUCCUGUCAAAAGCAGGAAGGUACGCGCAGCUGUGGGCACAGCAAAAUAACACUGUUGAUGGCCUUGAUGCAGCUGUCGUGAAGGCCCAGUCAUGACAUACUUCGCUUCCCAAGAACGACUUAGCGCAGUAUCAGUAUGGAUGGUAUAAUCAAUGAUGCAACUGCAGAUUCUGACAACCGAUGGAGUGAGUGGCCAUGGUGCUAAAUCCAAAGGCAAACCUACUCUCUUAAUGACAGCGUAGAUACUGUUGCCACGGAAAUCCUUACAGAGGAAUGCGUAGACUGACUGGAUUGGAUAUGCUCAUGACAUGGUGUUGCUUCCAAAGGGAAGGCUAUUCUCCAAAUAUUGUGACAGCGGAGGAUCCUAAUGAUAAUUUCUUGGCGUGGGAUAGCAAAAAUUUGUGCCGACUUGGAGGGAUAAUAAUUUCUUAAUGCUUUUGACUGUUUAUGCGAUAUUAUAGUUGAAUUAUAUGUCAUUAUACAUUCAUAUAUUGUAAAUAAAUGAUAAUAGGUGUUUUUUGAUAAUUUAAAAAA